GACCUGUGUUGUGGUCUGUGGUUGGUUUAAUACACUUCGUAGGUCGUCGACGACCUUUUUGUCAAAUGUAAUUACAACUUGGACAGUGGACAAUUGAUCAAGGACUUCCCGUUUCGUCACUGUUGUUCAUCACAACUGAGAACGGACGACCGUUCACGCAUCGAAGCGCCACCGAGGUCAUUCGAUUUGAGCAGGAGUCACCGCAAUCGUGGUCAGUUUAGAAUCGCACCCCGAAUGAUUCACAUCCAUCUGUUGGAUGGACCCCACAUUGUGACCCAAAGACAUAAGUGAGUGAAUGCCAAGCGCAAGUAGUUGCAUCAGUAUUGUUUCGGUAGAAGGUUUUGUGAUAGCGAAAGUGAACUAACUAUCACUCCGAAGCUAUUAGCUCAACGGGAUUGUCCUCUGGUGGAGCGUUCCACUGACCACAAAGACGACAAAGGCGACUCCAGUUAAGAUGUCUACUAAAAUAAGCAGCAGUGCGGCGGCCAAUCCGGCCACCAACAAUACCACUACAACCAACAGCAACAACAACGAUUCACCGGAUGUACAAGUGACCGUUAAGGAUCUUCCGAUCUCGUUUAAGGUUAAAUACCUUGGCAGUCAACCGGCCACUGGCCUUUGGGGAAUCAAGCAUACGAGGCUACCGGUCGAUCAUCUAGUCAGUGUCGCCAAGAACCUACCACCAAACAGGAUUCUUCCGUUCUGCAAUCUAACCGUCUCGCUGGAUGGGGUGAAAAUCGAAUCCAUCACCUCGAAGCUAUCGUCGAUGUCAAACUUCACCAUCGACACGAUCUCGUACGGUGUGCAGGAUCUCGUGUACACGCGCGUUUUUGCGAUGAUAGUGGUGAAGGAAAAUUACAACCUCAAAGAGAAAAACCCCUUCGAUGUGCACGCGUUCGUGUGCGACAGCAGAGCGAUGGCAAGGAAGUUGACGUUCGCACUGGCCGCUUCCUUCCAGGAUUACUCGAAGCGCGUGAAAGAGGCCGAGGAACAGAAUGGCGGCAUGGGAGGAGAUUCGCAGAAGGUGACAAGGAAGAAGUUUGCCAUCGAUCUGCGAACACCGGAGGAGAUGCAGCUCGAUAUUACCGAGCAGGAAACGGAAGCGUGAAGCACACCUUGCACACCAUUGCACAGAUGCACGUACCCCAAAUCACACCCAAACAAACACACACGGGAACAACCUGAGUGCAAAUCCUAGUCGUAAAAUGUAUGCUCUCCACGGUUUUCUGUUUCGUAAACGGCUCGGGCCGCCGCUGGAUGCCGGCGAACUGGUUACUUACCGACGAGCAUGAGGUCUACCAAAUGUGCAUCCGUGCAUUCCUACUACUAUUGGCGUUUUGUUUUGUUUAUCAUUGAAGUUUAUGAUGUUUUUAGUGAAGCCUUUUUACACCAGGAGAGCUAUAAGGAAGAAAAGGAAAGGUUGAGCAAGCACAGUUUGCUUGCGUUUUUCGCUUUUUUACAAAAUAAAGAGGGAAGAUUCGUUAGAAACGCUGUACAAAACUGAGAAGCACGAUGAGGUAAAACGGAUACAAUUGUGGUUUUUCCUUCAUUUUCCUAUAAGUAAGUGUAUUUAGUCGUGAGAAUGUGUCUUCGUAGAAGCGAUCGGCAUUCAGGUCGAGCGAUAUUGUAUAUUAUUUUUAAUCCAAUAAACAUUUACGAGUGGAA